AUGGUGGAAGGAGUAGUGCACGGGCAUAUACACAACAGCGAGCGGUACACGUAUGUGCAUGGGCAUGUGCAUCAUGACUCGGAGGAGUGUGAAGGGUUCGAGGACUGCCGGGUGCCGGGUAUGAACAUGCUGAACUUGAACAUGGGUAUGAAUAUGGGGAUGAAUAUGAGCACGAAUAUGGAUUUGCAAGCGAUGCAGGUGCAAGCUAAUCCACACGCACAUCCACAUGCACAUGCACAAGCGCAGAUGUUCCACGAGUACAACAGCGCGAGCAGCAGCGGUGCGAGUUCUCCCGUGCAGUGUUGUAACCCGAAUAUCCUGGAGAUAUGUUGUGACUUGGAUCACCCUGUGUCGAACCAGAUUGGUGCCACGGGUGGCUCUGCAGGCUCUGCGGGUUCUACAGGUUCUACAGGUUCUACAGGCUCUGCUGGCUCGGCGGGCUCGGCGGGCCACUCGGGGCCAGGGUCGGCCUCGAUGACGAACAACGCUAUGUCUCUGAACACAGCCAGCUCUGUCUUCACUAAUGACUUCAGCAAGGACAUGAUGAUAUUCACGGAUAACGCACUCACGCAGCUGGCGAACACAGGCACCGCUACAGCGACGAACACCACAACAACCGCAUCCACUUCGCCGAUAGGGACGAGGAACGACACCGCAGCGGGAAACGAGGACGAAGACAUGAAAAUACUGCAGGACCUCUGCAACAUAUCCCAGCUUUACGAACUCCCCAUGGCCAAACACAUCAACCACCACCACCACAACCAUGGAAACGUUGUGAACUUGCUUGAGGACACACACCUCUGUGGUGGCGGAGACGCAAACCAAAACGCAAACAGUGGUGACGGCCACGCCUGCGACGGAUCACACCAAACAGAUGCGCCUUGCACUGGCAAUUGCACUUCCGGUAAACCACACCACCACCACAGGAUACAGGUUCACCCACACGACAUGAAGGAGUAUAAACCACAUAGAAAGAGGCGGAAGCUUGUGGAGUCGCCGAUGUUCGGCUCACGGAAACUGGUGAUGUCGCCACAGCCGUUGACAUCCCACGAUAGGCAUAUCCCUGCCGACUUCAACGACCUGAACACCAACACAAUCAACUUCAACUGGAACUUCAGGGACGACGACGACAUCCACUGUCAAUGGGACGAUUGUGGUGAAACGUACACAACAUUGUUUGACCUACAGAGACAUAUGCUCAAGGACCACAUCACUAACGAGGAUAAACACAACAUUUUCAAUGGAGAGAGCGAACACCUCUCGCAUUGUCAAUGGAAGGACUGUGAGUUCAAAGGUGGUGACAUUUGCUCCUUGGUGAACCACAUCAAUGAUGAACACGGUAUCCACUUUGAGAUAAAUGUUCUAGAGAACGACACAUCGGUAUCUAACAGCUCUGCUCCAUCAUGUGCAUCCUCAAUAAAAUCAUCUCUGCACUUCGACUCUCCUCACCCUGAUAUCAGAUCAAUGAGUAGUCCCGUGAUGAUCAAAGCUGAGCAAGAGAACGACCUAAAUAACUCGAAUAGCACAAGGACUAGAGCUAGGCAAAGGGUGAGUAGGAGCAAAAAACUGCCAGAGCCCACAAAGCCUGACGAGACAGAAUUCUGCUGUAAAUGGGCCGGUUGUAACGAAAGGUUCAAAUCCGCUGGUGAUCUAAAUGAUCACUUGGAAGAAAUGCAUUUAACAAAGGGGAAAUCACAAUACACUUGUGAAUGGGAAGGUUGCAACAAGACCUUCAGCCAGAGACAAAAGCUGGUGCGGCAUUUGAAAGUACAUUCAAAGUACAAACCAUACCAAUGCCCACAGUGCCAAAAAUGCUUCUCAACAGAAGAUACACUAAACCAACAUAAGAGAGUUCACUCUGGCGAGAAGCCUUACGAGUGCCAUAUAUGCCACAAACGAUUUGCCAUCUCAAAUUCAUUGAAAAUACAUAUCAGAACUCACACGGGUGAGAAACCACUGAAGUGCAAAGUGUGCGGCAGGUGCUUCAACGAGUCCUCAAACCUCAGUAAGCACAUGAAAACCCACAUGAAGAAAUACUUUUGUAGCCAAUGUUCCCGAAGUUUUGAUACAUUGGAAAAAUAUAAAGCUCAUGAGCUGAGGUCUCACCCGAAAACAAUAAAGGACCAGCAGAUUGCCACCUAG